GCUGCCCGUGAGAAAUUUGGCGAUAGUGUACUUUAUCAUCCACAAGCAACAAUAAAUGAUGUCUUUGAUUCUGUGGAAAAAGGCAAUACGACUUACGGUAUUGUUCCCUUUGAAAAUUCGACUUAUGGAUCAGUAGUUGCCACAUUGGAUAAUUUUAUUUCAUCAAAAGUUCAAAUUUUUGCAGAAACUUAUCUGAAA